CAAGAAUAGACACAUUGCGUACGUUGACGGUGUGGCGAGCAGUAUGUGGCGAUACAAGUUUAAUAUAUUGCCGGUAUUGGCGUGUCUCAUUCACUAUGGCACAGCUAUGUCAAGGAUUGACCCAUUGGUUGAUACAAAAGUGGGGUUGAUUCGUGGUCUCAGAGCCACCGAUGGCGACUACGCCAUGUUCAUGGGUAUUCCAUACGCAACUGUUGACGGAGCAAACCCAUUCGGGCCUUCCGAACCCCAUCCUGGAUUUGAUGAACCUUUUGAUGCUUAUGAUGACUCCGCUGUGUGCCCCCAAGUUGAUGAGUUUACUGAUAAAGAAGUUGGAUCAAUAGACUGUCUUCAUUUAAAUGUGUAUGUACCUAACACAGCAAAUUCCAAAAAUCGAUUACCUGUAUUAGUUUGGAUAUACGGUGGAGCAUUCAAAAUUGGAUACUCAGGGAGAUUUUUGUAUGGACCUCGUUACUUAGUUAAACAGGACUUAAUCUUAGUUACAAUUAACUACCGUGUCGGACCCUACGGGUUCAUGUGUCUUGAUGUCCCUGAAGUUCCCGGAAAUCAAGGAUUAAAAGACCAGCAGUUGGCUUUGAAGUGGAUUAAGAAUAACAUUGAAGCAUUUGGCGGGAACCCAGACCAAAUAACAAUAUUUGGGGAGAGUGCGGGUGGUUCAUCUGUUGAUUUUCAAUCAAUGUACAGUCAAGAAAAGUUGUUCAAUCAGGUGAUCAUGCAAAGUGGUGUUGCCCUGGCUCCUUGGGCCGUAGGGGCUCCUGAACCGUUAGUACCUCUGAAAAUUGCUAAGCAACUCGGUUUUGAAACAACAGAUACCAAAGAAGCCUUGUCAUUUCUGGCGUCAAUCGAUACCGAUUUAGUGAUUGCAGCUGGAGCAGAACUGAAACUAAGCUAUAAUCCCUGCGUCGAAAACGACUUUGAUAAUGUUACAAGGUUCAUUCACGAUUUUCCCCUCAAUAUAAAGAAGCCGAAUCUUGGAAACUUGCCUACUCUACUAGGAGUCAACAAAGAUGAAGGUUUAGCAGACUUCAGAUCUAAGACAGCUGAAGAGAUUUCGCAAAACUCUGAGAUUUUUUUGGAGUAUUUAAAUUAUUACUUUAAUUUUAACACGCUAGACCUAAAUGAAAUGGAACAAAUUGUCAGGAAUUUCUACAUUGGGGACGAAAUUAUAAGCGAAAACGUUGUAGAAGGACUUAUCAAAGUGUAUUCUGACCUCUUCUUCAAUUACCCUACGGCAAGAACGUUACAGAAAUAUCUCGACAAUGGUCUUAAGAACAUAUAUUAUUACUUGUUUUCCUACGAUGGCGAAAGAAACUUUGUGAAAAAUAGACUUAAUGUAACAGUUCCUGGAGCAUCACAUGCUGAUGAAAUUGGUUACUUGUUUGAUAUCUCGUACAUGGACAAAAACCCAGCUCCUGAAGAUCAACUUGUGAUCGACCGCAUGACGACGCUUUGGGCCAACUUUGUUAAGUUUGGAAACCCAACUCCGCAGACGACCGAAAUCUUACCUGUGCAGUGGCCAGCAGCCACAAAAGACAGUCAAUACUAUUUGAAUAUUGACGCGGACCUAACAGUCGGGAAGAGAUAUUUCAACUCCAGAAUAGCUUUCUGGGAACUGUUUUACAAAUUAAAUGAAAAAGCUCAAAUUGGGUACAAAGCCCGUUCUAAGUAGUUCAGUCAUGUUUUAAAAGAAAGUAAGAGUUCAUUAGAAUUGGGUAAUUAAAUUGUCUAAGAAGACACUCUUGUUAUAUAUAACAUUAAAAUGCAAUUGUGCAGUUUCAAA